GGAGGGAUUUGAAGCUCUGAAGCAUGCAGAUGUGAAAUGUCACCGGCCUCUCGCCAGAAAAUUAAAAAAUUAAAAUUAAAAAUGAAUAAACAAAAUACACAUUUCUUGGUAAUUUCUUGGCUCAGAGAUUGCAGUGAAUGUUGCUUUGCAUCAGUGCAAGAUUAAGAUAAUAAGAUAAUGUUUUUAGAGAGGAAAGACAACUUCUGAAUCUUAAACUAAAUAACACCUUCAAAAAAAGUGAUCAUUUUCUAUUAUAAACAGAUAAUCAAGCAUUCUUUGUGUGUGUGUACAUACUUCCUGAAUCUCAACUCUAUCCUCUGCGUCGAGUUCUUCUCCUUUUCCACUGACUCAAACUUUAUCCUGCAGAUAAAUGUCAGCAGCAGCGGAUAGGAGCUGCUUUUUUGAGGGACGUGGUGCUUAGGGGGAUUUUGAAAUCCCAUAAAGAAAUAAAACAGAUGCAGAUCAGCUAGUUUCUGUGUUUCUCAAUUUCUGUUCUCCGUGUCUGUGCAUAGGGGAGAUCAGAACUUCAGGAGGUAUUAAUAUAAUUAUAAUGCAAUUCAACACAACACCACUUCAAGCUAAACGCCCAGAAAUUCACAUUAUGAUAAAGUCGACACCUCUUUAAAACCAUUUCUCUAAAACAUUCUAGGUUUCAAAAACGCAGAUUCACAGUAUUUUAAUAAGUUAAUAUGUACAAUACUAGUGGUUGCAAAGCCACCACCAGGCGGCAGCGUAACCCAGCAAAUUCUGGUGUAUUCAAUGUAUUUUCUUCAUCCCUCUUUUGCUACACACACAGGAAGAGGAGAGACAAAAAGAAGGGGGGGGGGGACUUGGAAAUACAAAGAGAGUUUUGCAGAGACUCUCAAAGUUAGACAAACAGGGUCUUAGGAGCUCUCUGCAUGGUCUUGGCAGCGAGUCGGAGGUCGUGGAGCGCUUCUCUUCAGCCAGGGAUGAGUGGGUCCCAAAAACAGUGAACAGGUUUUUUUUUUUAUACAUGCUUGAAUUAUGCCUUUGUGCUGGAGUAGAAGCUACUGGUUUCCAGUGGUGUUUGCUGCUGCACUGGUUGCUCUUACUGUUGCUAAUGCUGGACCAAAACAGGACAGGAGGCAGGCUGGAUCUUCAUCAUGCUUUGGUGGCUUCGAUCUCUACUUUGUUUUGGAUAAAUCGGGAAGUGUGGUCAAUCACUGGACAGAGAUCUACAACUUUGUUGAACAACUAGCUCACAAAUUCAUAAGUCCACAGUUGCGGAUGUCCUUCAUUGUGUUCUCCACUGAGGGAAGGAUCUUAAUGAGCCUGACAGAAGACAGGGAAUGCAUUCGGAAAGGUCUUGAGGAGCUGAACAGGGUUCGUCCAGGGGGAGACACCUUCAUGCAUGAGGGCAUCCAGAGGGCCAGUGAGCAGAUAUACUAUGGAAACACCGACGGUUACCGUACCGCCAGCGUCAUCAUAGCUCUGACGGAUGGAGAGCUGCACGACGACCUAUUCGACUACGCUGAGAGAGAGGCAAACCGCUCCCGGAGUCUGGGAGCCUCUGUUUACUGCGUGGGGGUGAAGGACUUCAACGAGACACAGCUGGCAAAGAUAGCUGAUAGUAAUGACCAUGUCUUCCCAGUGAAUGAUGGAUUUGAGGCCUUGCAAGGGGUCAUCGACUCUAUCCUAAAGAAAUCCUGCAUUGAGAUCCUGGCGGCAGAGCCCUCUAGUAUCUGUGCAGGAGAGUCCUUUCAGGUGGUGGUGAGAGGAAACGGAUUCCUCCACGCCCGCAACGUCGAUAAGGUCCUCUGCAGCUUCCGCAUCAACGAGACCGUCACUAAGAUGGUGAAGCCUUUGAUUGUGGAAGAUACAUAUCUUCUCUGCCCUGCACCUGUACUUCAAGAGGAGGGGAUGGCAGCAAACCUUUACGUCAGUAUGAAUGAAGGUCUCAGUUUCAUAACCAGUUCCGUUACCAUUUCAACUGUGGGCUGUUCUGAUGGAACCAUCCUGGCCGUCUCUCUGCUCAUACUGAUGCUGCUCCUGGUCUUGGCUCUCCUCUGGUGGUUCUGGCCUCUCUGCUGUACUGUGGUCAUCCAUGAACCCCCAGCAGCAGCUCUGGAGGAGAGUUCGGAUGAUGAAGACUUCGACGGCCCAAAGAAGAAAUGGCCGACUGUAGAUGCGUCCUACUAUGGAGGGAGGGGAGUUGGGGGAAUCAAAAGGAUGGAGGUCCGCUGGGGGGACAAAGGCUCCACCGAGGAGGGAGCAAAACUGGAAAAGGCCAAAAAUGCAAAGGUGAAGAUGCCUGCAUACGAGUAUGAGGAGGCCCCCACACGCAUUCUCAACAACGGCAUGCACAAACCCUUGGGACCCCACAAGUGGUACUCACCCAUCAAGAGCAAGCUGGAUGUAUUGUGGGUACUUUUAAGAAAAGGCUACAACCGUGUGUCUGUAAUGAGACCUCAUCCGGGUGACAAGGGCAGAUGUAUGAACUUCACCCACAUGAAGUCUCCGUCGCCUCCUCCCCCACGCUACAACCAUCACCUGUCUCCCAUCUACAACCCUCCCAGCAGGACUCCACCUACGCCACAAGGCACCCUCCCCCCCAGCCCCUGCAGCCCUCCAUCAUCUCCCACGUUCUCCUCUUCCAGCCUUCCACUAUUGCCCCCAACACCUCCUUCCACCUGUACCACUGCCUCCCCGCCCACUUCCCCUCCCCCUCACAAGCCCCCUCCCACCUUCGUCCUUCCUCCGAUCAGCCUUCAGACGUCCACCCCGCCGAUGCUUCCCCCCACCCCUCCACCCUCUUCCUCCCCGACUGGUUGCCUGCCUCCUCUUCCACAGGGACCUCCUCCGGGACGAGCCCCUCCCCCCGCCCGCCCACCACCUCGCCCUGGCCUGUAGAGUCCCGGGGGGGGGACACGGGAGACAGUGUAACAGAGAAUCCCACCCACGAUCAGCACAUGACCAUCUUUGAUUGUACCUGUGAGGACCUGGUGCCACACUCGGCGGGCUGUGGCCUUGUGAAGUGGGCCGCUGAGGACUUGUUUUCGUGGACUUUGUCUACUGUGACUUCUUUACAUAUUUAGCCAAACAAUGCAAUUGCACGGACGCACGCAUUACACCAGCAUGCCUUACAAAUGAGGUCAGGCAGGACGGCUUGAAAUCAUUUUCCUCCUUGGUCCUCAGAGCUGCUUCAGGCCUCGUGGUCCUUUCCACGCGUCCAUAAGAUUAGACAAAUCCUGACCGGCUUGAACCAACGCCUCUUCAAAAAGAAGCAUAAAGAUCAAGGGACUAAAAUAUGUGCCCGUGUUACAUUUCCUGUAAGGGAUGAAAAGACUCAUUUUGCAAACGUUAAACAUGAAACAGAUUUAGGAAUUUAAAAGAAUCUGAUAAUCCCAAUGUUUGGUUUUCUUGAAUGUCGACUAAUUGCGUGCUUGAGUGUUUUUUUUUCUACGACAUAAAUGCAUUUGGUAUUCAUACUUUUUGUUUUUCCAUUUUUGAGGUAAGACAAAUCAUUACUGAUAAACACAUUUACACUUAGUCAGACACACAGGGAAACAGCAGUGCAACAUAUUCUUCAGGUGCGUCACUGCUGCCCUUAUUCUUUGUGCACAUCGGAGUAAACAAUGUUUUUUUUACCUUUAACUAUAACUGACCUGACAAAGAUGACUGGGAUCGCUGCAUAUGCUCUGUCUAUCAAUGUGGACACAAAUAUGUCUGUCAGGGAAAAGCUUUGCACAUGGUCUUGCUCAUCCACCCACGACCUCUAGCAAAGGAGUUUUAUGUAAAUAAUCAUUUUGAUACAAAUCAGAAAUGUUCAGAUAUCUGUGUUUGGCAAAAAAAGUGGUAGCCAAUCGGUUUACUCGACUUAAACAAAAUGAUCUGGCUUUUUUUUGCACAAGGUGCUUACAGUUCUUGAAAGAAUGGAACCUAAAAAGGGUGCAGUUUCAUAGAAAGUCAGAUGGUUUUAUUUACCUUAUUAAUUAAGGUUAAUAGGAAAUUGUCCCUUGAUGCACUCUGUGAACGCAGUGCAGAUUGUAAAGUCACUUUUCACUCUAAGCAUAUAACUGAAAAGUUGUAACUUUCCAUUAAUACAGUGCAGCAUGUUAACACAUUUGUUGGUACAUUCAAAAUAAAGUAAAUAAUCAACGUGUAUUAAGUUUAUUUUUUGUCUUUACAUAUUGUUUUUCCAAACGCAAUCACCGACCAGUUAAGCAGCGCGGUUGACUUCUUAUACAUCUUGCUUUCUAAGAAUUAUUAAAAGCCUGUUAAGAUCUGAAUGGGUUUAAAGUGCUCCUCCUCUACAAACUCUACAGGAUGUCUCCCACAUGUCAUUUAUUAUUCAGUAUGUUAGGAUAUAACAAUAUUCUCAUUGAACUCUAGAUUUAUUUAUUUUUUUACUUCACAGUAAAUUAGACAAAUUGCCACUGAAAUCACCAGGUUUACACAGUGGGUAAAAUGAGUACCUCACUCAUUCUAUGUGAUGGAAAAAGAGAGAGUGUGCAGAGCAUUGCUAACUACUACCAGAUGUUCAUAUGUUGCAUAAUGUCACAUGCAUUAAUGGCGUGUGAUAUCUUGGAAGAUGUUAGACCAUCUAAUCCUCAGGAAAUGUGGACAGGCUGCAGGAAAGGUGUCCUUGUGCUGAGACAUAAUUUGAGGAUAAAUAAUGGACAGGAAAGAGUGAAACAAUGUGUUGCAGAAAGUGACUUCACAUUUGAGGUUGACGGCAUGAAGGGAGUUUUUUUUCAAUCUGGCAGUUGUCAAUGAUUUCUUGUUGCAAAAACUAAAUGUAAAAUGUCAACGCGUUUCUGCCAGCUUUUGUUUGCACGCUUUCCUAAAAAUUAGUGUUUCAACUACAGUGGGCAGAAAACGCUCCGACGGCCUGCUGCAUCUGGUUAUACCAGCAUGCUUCUCUGGGCAUUAAAUCGUGCAAUUUGGAAUUUAAGUUGACAAUAAACACCAUUUGUGUCAGCUGAUGCAUUAAUUAGGCUGAUCCCUAAUGUCCUAGCAGGCCAUAGGAUGGAAAGCGCAGGUGUAGGUUGUCACACUAAUGGCUCUGACCAGAUCAGCGUCAUAGUUUUGUACCUGCCAAAUGUGACACUGACAACGGAGUCAACGUUAUAGUUAUUAUUCUCAUCCCGUCAUUUACCUGAAAAAAACUAAACAAAACUAUAUUCAAGCCAUUUAAUACCCGAUUAGGUCACAGUGGAGGAAACACAUGCAAAUAGAUACGCAAUCAACCAGACACCAUAAAGCAGCUGUGACGUGUCUGACACGCUGGUGAAGGACUACACUGCAGGACAGACGUCACCAGUGAUGCUGCAGAUGACGUGCAAUCCCGAUGCAGGACUACGCAAAAAAAUGCUUUUGGUUGGGGUAUGGAAGCUGCAUUUACUCACCGCUGUGACCAUCUUCUGCAAUUACUCCAGAGCUGCACUCGAGGCCAUUGCUGUGGCCACUCAGUGCAACGACAUCCUCCUGAGAAUUGCACUUGCUUUCACAAAGUGUAUCGCCUUGUACCUCUCGACCAUGCUGCGGCUGAACGCGUUCCUCGGGCUGACGCUGGCAGGUGUGCUCAUCUCGCGAGAGGGAGUGGACCGACGUCGACGCUCAAUCUGCGCCACCUGCGCUUCAUCAAACCGCUCCUGUCUUUUGUGCUGUGGAGGACAAACUGCGAGGUGGCUCAAGUCAGCGCUGCGUGCCGUGUCUGCGCUGCGUCGUUGUGCGCGGUGCGUCAGCAGGGCCGUCCCGGUCCUGUCGACGUGGUGCAGAACCUUCACACCCUCAGUCUCCGCUAUUAUGACUUUGUGUGGAUGCAUCAGGUCAUUGGUGUCCACCUUCCAGACUGCGACUGGUUACGCUACAC